UCUCUCUCUCUCUCUCUCUCUCUAUCUAUCUAUCUACCAAUAUAAACAUACCUGUUGAUGCAUUUAUAUAACUGUCUAAAGCCAUAUUUAUAAAUUGUGUGUUUUUGUGUGUGGAAAGAAGCAAUGGAAGGCGUGUCAGUAAGUGUAUACAGAAGAUUAAGUGGGUAUUGGAGGAAGAGAGGCUAUGAGCGGCUAAGUGGGACGGAUCGGAGAAGGAAGACUACUCGGUUGGGGUUAGGUGCGGCCGGUUCGAACCGGAGGAGGCGGUUCUGGAGGAUAAAGAAUACUCCGAAGCUGAGGCUGAAGCUUCGAUUCUCGCCCAAGAAGUUCUUCUGUGGGCUGAGGGACGCUUACGUGAAGAUGAUGCUGAGGAUUGCUAAUUCCUGCGUGGUCAAUGGUGGUGGGAUUGGUGGAUUCGCAGGGGAUUGGAUUGGUGAGUUUGGGAUGGCCCCACUUAAGGAGUAUGAUGAGAGGAUGAUCAUUCAGAUGUACAAAUCAAUCGUGAUGGCUCAGGGUCAAUUGGUGUCCCGGGACGCUGCCAGAAUUGGCACCGAGAUCGUCUGCCACCGGUAGAAAAAAAAUAAAAAAAAUAUAUAUAUAUAUAUAUAUUGAUUUCACGUCCUUUUUUUUUUUUUUUUAAUGUCUACGUCUUGUAAUUCUAACAAAUAAGUUUCUUGUAUUAAGUCUUGCACUGAUUAAUUAUCAGAUUGGAAUUAGUGCAGAAGCAAGGGUCUUAACACGCUACCUUAUAAGUUGAGACUAUAUUAUUUCAGGCUGAAAGUAGUUUUUUUUGUAUCAAUAGUCUGAGGCGUUCGGAUUAACUUAUGCAAAUUUUUUUUCUGAUCUGGUUAAAAAUAGAUUAUUAAUGCCAGAAUUAGAUUAUU